GCCGCGCUCAGUUCUCAGUUGUCGGAUUGCCGGUUGCGGAGAAUUAGAUAAGGACUCUCGCCGAAAGUGGAGGCAACAGCUAAAGCGAAAAGAAAUAAAUGUACAACCAGCCUGGACUCGGAUUAUAUUUUUGGGAUCAAGAUAAUGAUGAUCCGAUCGGGCUGAACGUGUAUUGCGCGUGUGUUUCGCUUUUACGCUUUUUCAACUGCGGCGAGGGCAGCAAAGAAAUACGAAUUCGAAAUCAAAAACGAAAUCGAAAUCGUGUAUUGUGAAUCGGAAAGCGAGGGAAAUUUCAGAACCCUAAGAAGUUCGCCCCUUUUCGAAGUAACAGUGAAGUGUAUUGUAUUGUUUAACAAAAAAAAAAUAAAAUAAAUUAAGAAGCUGCGAGCAAAGCAAUGCGAAAGAGCUGAAUAAAAGAGGCGAAGAGCACAUUUAGAAGCAGAAGCAGAAAGAAGCAGAAUUUACCAAUCCAGAGUCUGAUUUAUAUGUAGCUGCGUUGGCGUGUUUGCAAGAUUGGUGCUAAAACAAAGGGGCUUUUGCAAAAAAGCCAUCCUAAUAUAUGCUAAAAAAUUACUUAAAAUUCUUAACCAAAUGAAUACAGUUUUUCGGGCGAGAUUUAUAAUCAUUUUCUAAUGACAACGGCCGUACCAAAAACAGGCAACAAAUUAUUUGCCCGCCGUCUCAGUUCCAUACAUCUUUUAAUUUAUUAUAAGCAGUGACAGUGUUUUUUCUUCAUUUUCUGCCUGCCCCGGUUCGCUGGGAAAGAGACUGGGCGAGAAACAAAGGGAGAAAAAAACGAAAAUACAAAAAUAAAGGAAUACAAAAUACAAAUUAAACACGCGAAUGUUUCAAACGCAAGUCGAAGCGAGUUGAGUGAAUUAAUGAAAUAUAUGUAUAUACGCUCAUAAAAUCUAUAUAUGCGCGUUUUUGUGAUAUAUUAAAUAACGCUCCAAUAAAAGCAAAUUUAUUUCAAUUGUUAAGUCGGCGGAAAAAGGCCAGCAGAUAAAUAAGUUAACAAAUUGAGGAAUACCAUAAUACACCCUAUAAAUUUGGAUUAAUUGUUAAAACCCACAAAGGCGGAUCAAUACUAUUUAAUUGGAAUGGCAUCAUCCCCGAACAAUGCGGCGCCGCCUGUUUUAUGGAGGGCGAGACGCAAAAUUGGCCUGCAUUUGCGGAGCAUCGAGGAGCCAGCGACGACGCCGCUCCAGUUCCAGGCGGCGGGCAGAAUGAAUGCGGAGCAGGGGGGCACGGGGUACGGCGGCUACGGUUCCAGCGAGCACUCGCUGCUCAUCGCCACACGCCACGCCGGUGUCCCCCUGCCCCUCGCCCAGCAGCAGCCACUCCCCGCCCACUAUCAGCCGCUGAGCCACUCUGGCCCAGCCCCACCCUCCUCCUCCUCCUCCAGCGCCCACACCACAUCCACAUCCACAACCAAUGGAUCCUCCUCCGCCGGCGGCGGCGGACUGCAGACGCCGUCCAUCUUCCCGCAGCAACAGCAGCAGCAGUAUCCGGUGCAACAGCAGUACCAGUACCAGUACCAGCACCACUAUCACCACCAGGCCACGUCGCCACAGCACCACAGACCCUACGAUCCGGAGCACGCGCGGAUGGAGGCCUGGCUGGACGAGAAUCAGGAAUUUGUACAGGAUUAUUUUAUAAGGAAAGCCACACGUCAGACGGUGGAUGCCUGGCUGGUCUCACAUGCCACCUCGGCGGGCAACGAUGUGGUCAGCAGCACCUCACCCACCCACGCCAACGGACAGACGAGCUCCUCGAGGGGCGGAUCCGGAGCCACCACACCAGUGCGAAAAAUCUCCGCUCACGAAUUUGAGCGCGGUGGCCUGUUAAAACCGAUUGUCAAUACUAUCGACGGCACGCCCACAUUUUUGAGCAUUGGUCCGCCGAUGGACAACGGGGGCGUGGGCGGCAGCUGCGGCAAUCUGCAGAAUGUCGGCGGCGUCGUGGCCGGACAGUAUCAGUAUCACCAUCAGCAGCACCACCACCACAACCACCAGCAUCUGCACCACAGCCAGCACAGUCAUUAUCAGGCGGGCGGAGCCGUCGGCAGCAGCAGUUUGGGCAGUUCCAGUGGCGUCGGUGGAGCGGGAGGAGCACCCGGAAUGGGGGGCAGCGGUGGAGCCGGAAAUGGCCAUCAAUAUCAAUAUUACCAUUGCCUCCAACGACCACAGCGGCUGUCACGCAAUGAGCUGAAGCAGCUGGACGAGAAAGAGUUGAUUUUCGAACUGGUAAAGGACAUUUGCAACGAGCUCGAGGUGCGCACUUUGUGCCACAAGAUACUCCAGAAUGUGUCCAUAUUGCUGAAUGCCGAUAGAGGAUCUCUGUUCCUGGUGCAAGGACGAUGCAAUGGACCCGAUGGCCUCAAAAAAUGCCUCGUCUCGAAGCUGUUCGACGUGUGCCCUCGGAGCACCGUGGAGGAGAUGGAGCAGCAGGACGAAGUCCGGGUGGCCUGGGGCACCGGAAUCGCCGGUCAUGUGGCCGAAAGUGGGGAGCCCGUCAACAUACCAGAUGCUUACCAGGAUGAGCGAUUCAAUUGUGAAAUUGACUCGCUGACCGGCUAUCGGACGAAGGCCUUGCUCUGCAUGCCCAUCAAGGAUUCAUCCGGUGAUGUGAUUGGCGUGGCGCAGGUCAUCAACAAAAUGAAUGGCGAGUGCUUCUCCGAAAUCGAUGAAAAGGUCUUUGCCUCGUAUCUGCAGUUCUGUGGCAUUGGACUGCGAAACGCGCAGCUGUACGAGAAAUCUCAACUGGAGAUCAAGCGGAACCAAGUGCUACUGGAUCUGGCCCGCAUGAUCUUCGAGGAGCAGAGCACCAUCGAGCACAUGGUCUUCCGCAUCCUCACCCACAUGCAGAGUCUCAUCCAGUGCCAGCGGGUCCAGAUCCUCCUCGUUCACGAGGCGGACAAGGGCAGCUUCUCGCGGGUCUUUGACUUCGAGGCGAAUGACCUGAGUGAGGAAGAGGCCACCUCGCGCACCAGUCCCUACGAGUCGCGGUUUCCCAUCAACAUCGGGAUCACCGGACAUGUGGCCACCACCGGCGAAACCGUGAAUGUGCCGAAUGCCUACGAGGACGAUCGCUUCGAUGCCAGCGUGGAUGAGAGCUCCUGCUUCAAGCACCGCUCUAUUCUGUGCAUGGCCAUCAAGAACUCGCUGGGACAGAUCAUCGGUGUCAUCCAGCUGAUCAACAAGUUCAAUGAGUUGGACUUUACCAAGAACGACGAGAACUUUGUGGAGGCGUUCGCCAUCUUCUGCGGCAUGGGCAUCCACAACACGCACAUGUACGAGAAGGCCAUUGUGGCAAUGGCCAAACAGAGUGUCACCCUGGAGGUGCUCAGUUACCACGCAUCGGCCACCAUGGACGAGGCUCAUCGGCUGCGGCGCCUUCGGGUACCUUCAGCAGUACAUUUCCGACUACACGACUUCAAGUUCGAUGACAUUCACUUUGAAGAUGAUGAUACAUUGAAGGCCUGCCUGCGCAUGUUUUUGGAUCUGGACUUUGUGGAACGUUUUCAUAUUGACUAUGAAGUUCUGUGUCGUUGGCUGUUGAGCGUCAAGAAGAACUAUCGCAAUGUUACCUACCACAAUUGGCGACAUGCCUUCAAUGUGGCCCAAAUGAUGUUUGCCAUUCUAACUACCACGCAAUGGUGGAAGAUCUUUGGUGAAAUCGAAUGCUUGGCGCUUAUUAUUGGCUGUCUUUGUCAUGAUCUCGACCAUCGAGGGACUAACAACUCCUUUCAGAUUAAAGCCUCAUCGCCUUUGGCUCAACUGUACUCAACCUCCACCAUGGAGCACCAUCACUUCGAUCAGUGUCUGAUGAUCUUGAACAGUCCUGGUAAUCAAAUUUUGGCUAAUCUGUCCUCCGAUGAUUACUGUCGGGUAAUAAGGGUGUUGGAGGACGCCAUUUUGUCCACUGAUUUGGCAGUGUAUUUCAAAAAACGAGGUCCUUUCUUGGAGAGUGUGGACCAGCCGGUGAGCCAUUGGGUGGCCGAGGAGCCGCGCGCCUUGUUGCGUGCCAUGAGCAUGACUGUCUGUGAUUUGUCGGCCAUCACGAAGCCGUGGGAGAUCGAGAAGCGUGUGGCCGAUUUGGUAAGCUCGGAGUUCUUCGAGCAGGGCGACAUGGAGAAGCAGGAGCUCAACAUAACUCCUAUUGACAUCAUGAAUCGCGAGAAAGAGGAUGAACUGCCCAUGAUGCAAGUGAAUUUCAUCGAUUCCAUUUGCUUGCCCAUCUAUGAGGCCUUUGCCACCCUCUCCGACAAGCUGGAGCCUCUUGUCGAGGGCGUUCGCGAUAAUCGUGGCCAUUGGAUCGAUCUGGCCGAAGUGGUGAAAACCAAAACUAGUCAGGAUCAGGAGCCAGAGGAGCAGCAGCAGCAGCAACAGAAAAUUGUGAUAUCGAACGGUGACUGCAAGGCGAUGAGUGAUGAUGAGUUGGCUGCUCAGGAAGCGGAAGUGCCAGCGGAUGCCCAGUGCGAGCAAGCAAGCGUAAAUGGCCCCCACAACGUUGCCCACAACAGCAGUACCACUAAUAAGAACCUUGCCGUCGCUUCUCAUCCCACCAGCACCCAGUCCAGUGAUGAUGAUGAUGCGGAUGCGGAUGCGGAUGCGGAUGAUGUGGAUCAGCAGGCUGCCGAGGAGAAUGGCCACGAUGCUGAGGUGAAGGAGGCCUCCUGUAGCUCCAGUUCCAGCUCCAGCUCCUCGACCGCCUCCAGUCGCCUGUCCACGCCACCGCCCACCGGCGAGGAUGACAGCACACCAGUGUCGCCCUCGAAAACGCUGCAGGCCAAACUGGUGGCGGCCAACCUGAGUGCAUUGCAAAGGCCGUCCGCCAACCAGGUGUCAAGCCAAAAGCAGCGCUGCAAGAGCUGCGACCAUUCACGCAGCGGUCUGCAGGUGAGGAAGACCAGUUCGCUGCGAGGCGCCCAGGAACUGGAGAUGGAUAGUAGGGCUAGGAAUGGAACAAAAGCUGCUCUCUGCAAAAGCACGCCCGUGAUCAACAACCACAGCCAUCAUCAUAGUCACAAUCACAAUCACAGCCACAACCACCAUCAUCAUCAUCAUCAUCACUCGCACUCGCAUCACAAUCACAAUCACAGCCAGCAUGGCGUUGGGAUUGGCAGUGCCAGCAUCGGCGGCAGUGGGUUAAUCAGCCUGACCACGCCUUUGCUGGCAACGGACAGUGAUAGGAUACCAAAAAUCGUGGGCAAAAUUGGAAAUCUCGAUGGUCUGCCACUGCCUUUGCCGUUGCCCUUUGCCAAUGGCAUUGGAGGCCCACAAAAUGGUAUUGGCUUGCCCUUCGGCAGCUACCAACAGCACCAUCAUCAUCAUCAUCUCCUGGCGCGACGUCAUUCGGAGACAAACAGCAAUGGGGCCACCGCUGUGGCGGCUGAAAAAUAAAUACAUCCCAAUCUGGUGUGUUCCAAGAAACGGAACACUCUAAUACCAUAUUUAUGAUAUAUAUUAUGGUUUUAACUCUGUUUUAAAAGUGUUUUCUGGAUCUGCAACACACUAGCAUAUCUUCAAUAUGUACAUAACUCUAUCCAUCUCACCCAAAUCGCAACCACUUCUCAUCUUGUAUAUAAAAUACAACAUCCACUUUGAGCAACAGUAUCGCAGUGCAGUAGGAAAGGAUAGUGAGGAUUAACACAUACCAUAAGCAAAUUGUGGCACAGCAAUUUGAUAGCCUACAAAUAAAACUAUAACUAAAUAGAAAGAUUCCUAUAAACGUAUGUAAUUCGUAUAUAUACUUGUGUAUGUGUAUAUUUUGAUCUGUGUGUGUUUGUAACUUAAACUUUAGUUCGUACCGUCAGCGUUAGUUAAUUAUAAAUGAUAAAGCAAAGAAGUCAAAUUCUCUAGAUGUUUAAGCACCAACCAACAAAGGAAGCAAAACAAAAAUUGUACCAAAAAAACAACAAAAACAAAAACAAAAUGGCAGAGUAGUGGAUUCUCUAAUUGUCGUUUGCUUGCAAGUAACGCUCAUCUUCAAUGGAAAACACAGCAA